UCUGUGCUUGUCUCGCUCUCUCUCGGGAUCGGAAGCCAAGUCCGCGUGGUGGUGGUGCGCGCGCGCGGGUAUGAAGAAGAAGAGCGGCGGCUGCGGCGGGUGCCUGGGCGCGCCGGUGCGGGCGCUGUCGCGGGCGUGCGACUCGGCCUGCGACCUCUACAUGCGCGGCAUGUCCGGGUGCGCCCGCCGCGUGCCGUCGGGGUCGUCCGUGGGCGUCGUGGGCCGCGGGUUCGGCGGGGCGGGCGCCGCGACCCUGCGCCUGCGGGUCGUCAGCUCGGACGGCGCCGACGGUAGCGACCUCGUCCGCGCCGCGGCCGCGGCCAAGCGCCACCAGCGCCGCGUCGCGGCCGAGCCGGCGGAGGAGAGCGCCGGCGGCAAGGCCCCGAUCAUCAGCGCCGCGGCGCCGGCCGCCUGCGCCUGGGCCCCGGCGCGGAAGAAGGGCGGCGCGGCGGCCAUGGGAACCAUCGCCGAGGACGAGCCGUGCGAGUUCGGCCCCGACGGCGCCUGCGCCGUUGCCCCCUCGCUGAAGCCGCCGGGCCGCGCCGGGUUCGGCGCCGUCAAGGCGGGCGACGGCGUGUUCGCACGCUGACGGAUGCAUCAUGCAUGCGAAGCGACGCGUACUGAUCGUGGUCGUCCUGCCUGCCGGUGCAAUACUGCAGAACUAGCUUCUUCGUUCGAGGCGCAACUAGAUCUCCCCAUUUUUCUUUCUCUCUCCCAUAUCCUUUAUCGUCUUGCUGUGUAAAUUAUUAUUCUAUGUAUAGUUGAUAAGAAAUCUAGCGUGAGUGUGACGUGAUCCUCAGAAA